UACUCGUUAAUUACUUUAUUUUUUUAAAGUUAAGCUGCCAUUAAACUAACUACUGUCUUCCAAGGGUUACUACGGGUUGGGAUAAAUUUACAUCUUUUAUUUUCAAAAUGCCACGAGUUUGGAUUUUUACAGUGUUUAUCAUAGGCUUAUUGAGCGACGUCAGUGAAGCUAGUUGCUCGGACCGUGGACGGUUUCCGAACGAGAACCUGCCCAACUGCCAAGGAUACACCAUGUGUCUUCAAGGCGCUCCAGGUGUUUACACACAAAUAGACCUCAGCUGUCCAGAUAACUUUGUUUACAGCCACGUAGACCACCAGUGUACGAACGUGACCAGCUACCAGUGCUAUCCGGAGUACAAUUGCAUUAGCGUAGGAAACUUUGAAGGAAGCAGAGACAAAAAUUGCACCAUGUAUGUUGCUUGCGUUCAAGGGCUAAACCAACUCGCUACCGCCAGACUAAUGCAGUGCCCAGAAAAUACGCUCUAUAGUCCUGUAGAAGGUGCUUGUGUCAACAGCACGAUGUUUACCUGUGACAACGAUGGAAAACCGAGCGUUCAUGAUGCUAUGCCGAGCCAGGAGACUAGUAAUACCUCUACAAAUAACGCAGUUAAUCUGUGCUAUAAGUAUGCUAUACUUGUUUAUUUAAUGGUUGUUCUAGCUCUAUGAAUAAAUUGUAUUUGAGUCUUGUUAUAAUAA